CUUGCUUUCAGUCAGCCUGGAUAGGGCUGCACAAUGACUGGGACACCUGGAAGUGGUCGAUGUCAGACCCAAGCUUCUACGGACCGGGGGAGACGGAGUUCAGACCAUGGGGGCCUGGAGAACCAAGCAACAAGCACAAUGAACAAUGCACAUAUUUUGAUUAUGAUGGAAGAUGGCAUGAUUUUGAUUGUAAUGACCGAACCUGGGCGGUCUGCUUUGAUGUCACAGGGCCGAAUGCAACAUUUGUCCUCAUCAACAGCCUAAUGACAUGGACUCAGGCCCAGAGCUACUGCAGAGAACACCACACAGACCUGGCCAGUGUGAGAAACCAGACAGAGCACCAGCAGAUAUUUGAACUGUUCCCUGGAGGGAAUCCUUAUUGGAUCGGCCUUUACAGAGACUCCUGGAAGUGGUCUCAAAGCUUGUGUGGCUGCAGCUUUCGACAACUUUGGAAAAUGGGAGGACUUGGACUGUGGAGUGAAGAAACCAUUCAUUUGCUACGGACCUGUUAUGCCUGUUUCAAUGAAAGUGAUAAAGGUGAGGGUGGAGAAACCAGACGGUGUGGAUCUGAACGACCCCGCUUUUCUGGAUGCGAUGUUGGUGGAGGCGAAAAAGAACCUAAGGGCCCAGGGAUUGGACGACAACGUCCAACUGGCCUGGAGGAAGCAGCCGGAUGGAAAAGUCUUCCACAAGGAGGAGGAGGAGAAGAAGAGGGAUGA